AUUAUUGAGGAACAUUAAAUUACAAUUGUUCCAAACAUCCAAUUUCACUUUUCGCAAUGGAUAACACAUUCGACAAGACAGCCUCGGAAACUAUUGAUCUCUUAGAAGCCCGUCUUCGGAGGAUAGAAUAUGCUGUGUGUGGUCAUAUUGACACUACAUCUGUCACAAGUUCCGAUGUAUCUAUAUCUGCGUAUGAACGACUUGCAGAUUUAGAACAUGUUCUACAUGGACUUGCUUCGAAAUCAAGGGUGAUUCAGGAUUUAUUGCAGUUACAUGCCAAGUAUCCCGACCUCUUUCAAUCCAUUGACCCAGACAUACUACCUACCACACUCGACACAUCCAGUAUUUUAUCUAUCGUAUUAGCAUCCGCCAGCGCAUAUCCAUCUACUGCUUCUCGAUUAACAUCUAUUCUUGACAUGCCAAUCCCAUCCGCAGAAUCAUCAGCUCAACUCAUCGAAUUGCAACCUCGAAUUGCGAAAAUCGAAGCUCUCCAGAUGGCACAGAAUGCGGAGUUAUCAGCGUUGAGACAAAGAACCGCGGCGGUGAUUCAACGAUGGUAUACUGUUGAUAUAUUACGAACCGGUGAAAGUUGGGCAGAGUUGGAAGAAAGAGUGCAACAUGUAGAGCAAAAGGUUCGAAGAGCCACAACACUGAAACAAUUGGAUGAUGGAAUAGCUCAGGAGUGAGAUUCACAUUUCUCACGGUCAACACGUUAUCAGAAGCUUGACUUCUCAGUGGGAACAUACCAAAGAGAUACACGUCAUGUUGAAGUUAGUGAAGUGAGAUGGAACGGAAACGUCUCUGGGUCAGAGCAACAUCGACAUCUCGGUGUGAUGAUGAUUGUUCUAGCAGUAUUUUAGUAAUUGCGGAGAGAUACGUCCCAAUAUCUUGGACAAGGCGAUGAUACUACAGCUGAGAAAUGGAAGAGUACGGAGGUUGUAUGAUCCGCGUUUCAGGAAUUGGCUACAAAGAUAUCAACGGUCUGAGCUAUGACGUACCAGCUAUCAUAUGUAUCAGUCAGAUAUAUCUGUAGUAAUUGUUGUAUCACCGGUGCCGCCUGCGAAGGGAUGAACAGCCGUUAUUGCAAGAGCUUAGGAGCGAAUGAACCUCAUAGUUAGGAAGCACCAUUCACACGUGUAGUUGAGUACAUUUUUGAGCUGUUCCAAUAUCUAGAGAACAAUUUUCUGCCCAGGACUGUGAAGUUGGAGUAUCACGAAUCGUGAUAAUCUCAGUCAUGACAUUGCAUGGCGCCAACGAGUCUGAAUUAGAAAUUCCACGCGUGAUGAGGAUAAUGAGACCAAGCACUACCACACAACAGAGCAGAGCAAAGCAAAGCACAGCACGAGCUAUUAUGAUAAACGUGGGGAGAAGGCGCCCGUUGCUAGCAGAAGAUCUUUUCUUCGUCUUUCUCCCUUCGAUCAUCUUUCAUUUAUUGGUGAGUGGUGAGUAGUGAUGAGCAAAGUUUCAAACUCAACAGCUCCAAUUUUCGAUCAACACACAAGAAGGAAAAGAUGAUCACAAUAGCUUGAGAAAUACUCCGUAGUGAUCCUAGAUACCUGGUCCAUGUUCCGAAACCUAACGGUUGAGAGAAAAGCGCGUUGGAUGGUGGGACGUGGAUAUCGUCAUUUGUGUAUGGUGAUUUUGUGGUGCAGGGAGAAAGAAGAUUAUAAAACCUUCUUUCGCGGGAAUUGCCUCUUGACGUAAUGGUAUAUUGUGUUGGGUUUGCUACCUAGGUAGGUAGGUAUUUGAUGUAGAAUAUAAUAUAUAAUAUAAUAUAUGUACUUCGUACGCACAGGCUAUUAAAUGUGCUUGCGAUACUCGUAGAUACUUGAGAGAUGGAAAUAAAAAAUUGAAGGGUCCUCUGUGGUGUGAAGUAUGAUAGGAUUGGGGAUUGUGGUAUGGGCAGUUGGAUGUAAAUAUUGACAUAAAAGCACCGUUCCCUCUCUUGGAAGAUGGAAGAUUGAAGAUUGGACUUUAUAUAACUUGCAUCUGCAUCUGCUUCUGACAAGUAUGCAUGUAAUCUUACGUCGAGGAGAUAGACUAGGUAGUAGGGAACGUAUGAUUAACACAGCGCUGCACUGCACAUCACAUCACAUCACAGCUGCCAGGAACCAGCACGAGCACACGAGCAUACGAGCUUGCGGUCCGUGUUGUGCAGCUGUGCUGUGCGUGCUGUGGACUCUGUAGCGGUGCAGAGUCCAGAGGAAGGCAGUGCUGAGGAGAUGGUAGUUGGUGAUCUGUUCGUUAUAAGUUAUCAUCGUAUGGUGUGAGAUGGAAUGGAAGUAUCUAGGUAGUAAGUAAGUAGGUAGUAAGGGUGACAUGAAGAUACCUAGGAGCGACUAGAUUACACACAUACAUACAUACAUAC